UUGUCUGGCCAACCAACGCAUUUGCUGUCGUCCAUGCUUCGAAAACACAACGUUUAAAACCAAAACCAAAGAGGAUCACUUGAUAACGUUGCUUGUAGGUGUUUAAAUUGAGUAAAGACUAGUCAUUCAAGAUGGAUGCAGAUUUGUAUGAUGAAUUUGGAAACUACAUAGGACCAGAAUUGGACAGUGACGACGAUGAUGAUGACGAUGAGGAGGAGGAGCAAGAAGAUGAUGAUGAUUAUGUCGACAGAGAUGAUGAGGAUGACAUGGACCAGGAUGCUGUGGACAACCAAGCAGAUAUGCAAGUUGUUCUUCAUGAAGAUAAAAAGUACUAUCCAACACCUGAAGAGGUGUAUGGUCCUGAAGUUGAGACUAUAGUACAAGAAGAGGACACACAACCACUAACGGAGCCAAUCAUUGCUCCUGUGAAGAAUAAGAAAUUCAGCAUGGUGGAACAGAACUUGCCAAUGACAACGUACAACAUGGAAUUUUUGGCAGAUCUAAUGGACACUCCCAGCCUCAUAAGAAAUGUAACCGUCUGUGGUCAUUUACACCAUGGCAAGACAUCCUUCGUUGACUGUCUUUUGGAGCAAACCCACCCUGAGAUUGUUGGAGACUAUGACUCGGAUAUGAGGUACACAGACACACUGUUCACAGAACAAGAGCGAGGUGUGAGCAUCAAGUCGACACCAGUGACACUGCUGUUGCCAGACACCAAAGGGAAGUCUUUUCUGCUCAAUGUCAUGGAUACACCAGGGCAUGUGAACUUCUCCGAUGAGACAACAGCUGCUUUUAGACUCAGUGAUGGAGUGGUCAUCUUCAUUGACGCUGCUGAAGGAAUGAUGCUGAAUACAGAGCGCCUGAUUAAGCAUGCGAUGCAAGAACGGUUGGCUGUGACCGUCUUCAUCAACAAGAUUGACCGACUGAUUCUUGAGCUGAAGCUCCCACCUCUGGAUGCCUACUUCAAGCUGAGGCAAAUUGUUGAUGAGGUCAACUCUAUCAUCAGCUUGUAUGCAGAGGACGACACCAAUCAGAUGGUCUCACCCUUGUUGGGCAACGUUUGUUUUGCCAGCUCCUACUAUCGCUUCUGCUUCACCCUGAAGUCCUUUGCCAAGAUCUAUGCUGAUACAUAUGAGGGGAUCAAUGAAAAGGAAUUUGCAAGACGCCUGUGGGGAGACAUUUAUUUCAACAGCAAGACGAGGAAAUUUUCCAAGAAGCCUGCCACUUCAUCUUCUCCAAGAAGCUUUGUUGAGUUCAUCCUGGAACCUCUGUACAAAAUAUUCUCACAGAUUGUAGGAGAUGUUGAUGAGAGUCUCACAAGGGUGUGUGAUGAGCUGGGCAUUCACUUGUCUAAGGAGGAACAAAAGCUGAACAUCAGACCACUUCUUAGGCUUGUGUGCCGGCGGUUUUUUGGAGACUUCACAGGCUUUGUGGAUAUGUGCGUGGAUCACAUCCCAUCUCCUGUGGACAACGCCAAGAAAAAGGUGGAGCACAUCUACACCGGUCCCAUGGACUCAGAUCUGGCUGAAGAAAUGGUGCAGUGUGAGGCUGAGGGGCCUUUGAUGGUUCACACCACAAAGUUGUAUCCAACUGAAGAUGGAACCAGCUUCCAUGUCUUUGGUCGAGUCAUGAGUGGCACUUUAUACGCAAAUCAAGAGGUUCGCAUCCUAGGAGAAAACUACACUCUGCAAGAUGAAGAAGAUUCAAGACUGGGACAAGUAGGACGGCUUUGGAUUGCUGAAGCUAGGUACAAGAUAGAAGUAAGCCGCGUGUCUAGUGGUAACUGGAUUCUCAUCGAGGGAGUGGACCAGCCCAUUGUGAAGACGUCGACCAUCGUGGAUGUGUCAGGCUUUGAAGAGGUUUACAUCUUCCGCCCUCUGAAGUUCAACACAGCCUCGGUCAUCAAAAUUGCUGUGGAACCUGUUAACCCAUCAGAACUGCCCAAAAUGUUGGAUGGUUUACGAAAAGUGAACAAAAGCUACCCAUUGCUCAAUACAAAGGUUGAAGAGUCUGGUGAGCACGUUGUGUUGGGCACCGGUGAGCUAUACUUGGACUGUGUCAUGCACGACUUGAGGAAAAUGUAUUCAGAAAUAGACAUCAAAGUUGCAGAUCCUGUUGUGUCAUUUUGUGAGACCGUUGUUGAAACAUCAUCACUGAAGUGUUUUGCUGAAACUCCAAACAAAAAAAACAAGUUGACAAUGAUUGCUGAGCCACUGGAAAAAGGACUAGCGGAAGACAUAGAGAAUGAAGUGGUUCAGAUCACAUGGCCACGCAAAAAGCUUGGAGAAUUCUUCCAGACAAAAUAUGACUGGGAUUUGUUGGCUGCUAGGUCCAUCUGGGCCUUUGGUCCAGACUCGACAGGGCCAAAUAUCUUGGUAGAUGACACGCUGCCAUCUGAGGUGGACAAAAAUUUGCUGGUAACAGUGAAAGACAGCAUCGUGCAGGGAUUCCAGUGGGCCACCAGGGAGGGACCUCUGUGUGAUGAACCCAUCAGAAAUGUCAAGUUCAAGAUUCUUGAUGCCACCAUCGCCAAUGAACCGAUUCACAGAGGAGGUGGACAGAUCAUUCCCACAGCUCGAAGAGUGGCAUAUUCAGCUUUCCUCAUGGCCACCCCUAGAAUGAUGGAACCGUACCUGUUCGUCCAGGUGAUGGCGCCUGCUGACUGUGUCUCUGCUGUCUACACUGUGCUGGCCAAAAGAAGAGGUCAUGUGACACAGGAUGCACCUGUGCCUGGCUCUCCUCUCUACACCAUCAAGGCUUUCCUGCCAGCCAUCGAUUCCUUCGGGUUUGAGACAGAUCUCAGGACUCACACUCAGGGACAGGCUUUUUGCCUCUCAGUUUUCCAUCAUUGGCAGAUUGUUCCUGGUGAUCCUUUGGAUAAAUCCCUGCACAUUCGACCCUUAGAGGCUCAGCCUGCCAAUUAUUUGGCAAGAGAAUUCAUGAUCAAGACGAGAAGACGAAAGGGUCUGAGUGAGGAUGUGAGCAUCAACAAGUUCUUCGAUGACCCUAUGUUGUUGGAGUUGGCCAAACAAGAUGUCAUGUUAAAUUAUCCUCUGUAGAUGGCACAACCAGACUUUGUUGUUGCGGAUGUUUAUGUUUGUCUUCUCUCUUUCUGUCUUGUAGCUUCAGUUUGUUAGACCAGAUUUAAAGGCAGCAUGUGUCUGCAAAAGGGGGGGGGGGGGG